AUGCGUGUUAUCACCAUCGAUAAUGCAGUUGUGAAGGGUUAUCAUGAGUUUCAGAUAAGACCUCCUCCGGCCUUACAUGUACUAYUGCCAGUUUCAAAGGAGCAUGGGAAUAGGCAUGACGCAAAUGCAUGUCUCGUUUGGGUACCAGAGCUUAAAGAUAUACCAACAACACUCUGGAACGAUAUAACGGAUGCUAAACACAGUGAAAGAGUGCAUACUAUAGCUGGUCUACCUAUCGGUAGGGUACCCAAGGGUCUGGCCCCAUGUUUCAGGGAAUUGUUGGAAUCUUCUGAUGUGGAGUGCAUCAACUGUGAACAAACUGGCUCUCCGUGCAAAAGUUUUCAACCCUGGCCUGAACAGCAAUGCACAGGGGGAGGGGCUGUCAUUCCUUGCAGCUAUCGAGUUGUGACCAAGAGCAACCAUCAAAGUAUCAUGGACAAAAUCUGA